CUGUCUGUCCGUCUGCAGUACACAGGUCCGGUCCCGGCCGAGCGGGGGGCUGAGCUGGCCAUGGGAGGGGGUCGCAGCGAGACCUCGGCCCUGAGUGGAGCCGCAGGGGGGGGGCGGAGCAUGGGCACUACCCACAAUUCCCAGCGUCCCAACGCCUGCUGCUUCUGCUGGUGCUGCUGCUGCAGUUGUUCAUGUCUCACCAUCAGGAGUGAAGAGGACCGACAGAAACGGAGGCGGAGGAAGAGAAUAUCGCAGGACAUCAAGAUGGAGACCAUACCAAACUGUGAAGCUUGCGCCAAGCCCUCGCCGGAGGAGAUCCGGCUCUGGUCUCAGUCCUUCGACAAGCUGAUGAGGAACCCGGCGGGUCGCAACGUGUUCCGGGAGUUUCUGCGCACCGAGUACAGCGAGGAGAACAUGCUCUUCUGGCUGGCCUGUGAGGACCUCAAACAGGAGGCCAACGGGAGCGCAGUUCAGGAAAAAGCCUAUUCCAUAUACGAGAACUACAUUUCCAUAUUCUCCCCCAAAGAGGUGAGCCUGGAUGCCCGGGUCCGGGAGGUGAUCAACCGGAAGAUGCAGGAGCCCACCCCCCACACCUUCGAGGACGCCCAGCUGCAGAUCUACACGCUGAUGCACCGGGACUCGUACCCGCGCUUCCUCUCCUCCAGCAUCUACAGGUCGCUGGUCCACGGCAGCUCCAGAACCUCGUCAGAGUCCUAG